CUCCUGUACUCACACGCCUCACAGAACUUCCUCGUUGAAAGGUCACGGAGACUAGCGCUUCACGUGAUUGGAGGAGAGCAAGUUCCGGGGGCGGAGCCACGCGAGUCACCUCCAUCCCAUGUGUUUCACGGGUUUUGGGCUUGCCAUCCGAAAGUUGCAGCAGAGUUGCCCAGUGCAUUCAAACAGUUCCAGUCCACAGAAAACAGUUAAGCUGAUUCAAUGAGUCCCCUGAUUUCCAGCUUUUUAUGACUUCACUGUCAGAAGGUGGUCCUAAUGGAACAUUCAGUAAUCAGGAGGAAAGAGCUGAACAACUUGCAGGAAAGCUUGUCUGUGAUUCUGUGAUUAGUGACAUUGGCACAACCAGAGGAUCAGUUACUUUUAAAAUAAACCGGGAUUUGUUAACAAGGAAUGUUUUGCAGCAGAUAAGUAAAGAUGGGUCUCUUUACGGACUUAACACAGAGCUUUUCUCAGAGUUAUCCCGAAGAAAGACAAUAGUGGAAUACAGUUCACCCAAUAUUGCCAAAAAAUUCCAUGUUGGGCAUCUGCGCUCCACAAUCAUUGGAAAUUUCAUCGCUAACCUUAAACAAGCAGUUGGAAAUGAGGUUGUAAGAAUAAACUAUCUCGGAGACUGGGGUCUUCAGUUUGGCCUUUUGGGAGCUGGAUUUAGCAGCUUUGGUAGCAAAGAGAAACUUCUAGCUAACCCACUGCAACAUCUAUUUGAAGUUUACGUGAAAGUCAACACAGCAGCCGAGAAAGAUAAUGGUAUAAAGUUGUCGGCUCAGGAGUUUUUAAGAAGGCUAGAGGGUGGAGACCCACAUGCACUGUCUCUGUGGAUGCAUUUCAGAGACAUAAGCAUUCAGGAAUAUGCUAAAAUCUAUAAGCGUCUUGGGGCACAUUUUGAUGAUUAUUCUGGUGAAUCAUUUUACAAAGAGAAAUCACAGGAGGUCCUGAAGCAGCUUGAAAGCAAAGGAUUGCUACUGAAAACAGAUAAGGGCACUGUAAUUGAUCUAUCAGAAGAAGGAAACCUUUCAUCCUACUCAACUGUGAUGCGAAGCGAUGGAACAUCCCUGUAUAUUACAAGAGAUGUGGCUGCUGCAGUUGAUCGAAUGGAAAGAUACAACUUUGACGAGAUGAUUUAUGUGACAGACAAAAGUCAGAAGAAUCAUUUUCAACAGCUAUUCAAAAUUUUGAAGAUUAUGGGAAAAGAUCAAGCAGAUCGCUGCCAACAUGUACCUUUUGGCCUAGUUCAGGGGAUGAAAACAAGAAGAGGAGAGGUGGUUUUUCUGGAAGAUGUAUUGGAUGAAGCUCGGUCCAGGAUGUUGCAAAAUAUGGCAGCAAGUGAAACAAGUAAACAACUUGAUGACCCUUCUGAUACCGCUGAAAAGAUAGGGAUUGCUGCUCUCAUUGUACAGGAUUUCAAGGGGCAGCUUGUAUCCGACUACCACUUUGACUGGGAUCAGGCCCUACAGAGUACUGGAGAUACUGGUGUCUUUUUGCAGUAUACUCAUGCAAGGCUGCACAGCCUGCAGGCUCUGCGGUGCCCCAGGGACACAGAAGACUUUGAGAUCGCAAGUCUGAGAGAGCCAUGUGUGAUCGCAACUCUGCAACAUCUUCUCAGGUACGAUGAAGUGAUAUACAAGUGUUUAGAAGACUUGCAGCCCAGAUAUCUGGUAACAUACCUCCUGAGCCUUGGCCAUCUUGCCAAUGUGGCCCAUCGAACACUGCAGGUUAAGGGAAGUUCUUCAGAAGCAGCUCAUGCCCGUCUUCUUUUUUUCAAGAAUGUACAAAUGGUUCUGGGCAAUGGGAUGAAACUUCUCGGCAUUACCCCUGUUAACAAUAUGUAAAUGAUUUGUAGGCAACAAUAUCCAUUUUUAUUAAAAU